UUAAAAACACUUUUCUCCCAUCUCACUCACAUUCAUCUAUUAUAAAUAUUACAAUCUUGCUCCAUUCAUAACAUCAACAAGAACUAUCACACAAAACUAAAACCAUACAUUCUAAAUUUUUCCCAUUUGGUUUUUGUAGAUAUUUGCUUACUUUCAGAAUACUCGACUUGUAUCGAAUCAUAUAUUGUGUUCAUUCAUUCGGGAUUACUUGAAAGAUGGCGAAAAAAGAACAGAAGAUUCAACCGAAGACACAGAAGACAAUGUCAUCGUUACCAGUACUGUCACCGACACUGUCACCAUCACCAUUGAUUACCAGAGAGAGAUACAAAGGAGUGCGAAUGAGGAGUUGGGGUUCAUGGGUUUCUGAAAUAAGAGCACCAAAUCAGAAAUCAAGAAUAUGGUUAGGAUCUUACUCAACUCCUGAAGCAGCAGCAAGAGCCUAUGAUGCAGCCCUUUUAUGCGUUAAGGGCCCAACUGCAAAUCUAAACUUUUCUCCCGACCAAUAUUAUGAUCAUGACUCUUUCACCACCACCACCACCAUCAUGUCUCCAAAAUCCAUUAAAAAGGUGGCGGCACUAGCGGCGGCUGCCGCCAAUACCGGUCCAUCUCCAUCUCCACCACCAUCUCCAUCUUAUUCAUCACCAUUAUCACCGGUUUCACCAUCUCAAUCAACAACUUCAUCUAAUGAGAAAAGCCAAAGAUUGUCUUUUGAAAACGAUCCACUUGAUGGCACCUUGAUGUCGAUGGGUUGCACCAUGGUGCAACGUCUUUGAUUCACCAAGGUACAAUGAUGUGAUGCACAGCGAGUCUUCGUUUGAUCCAUCCGAUGAAGAAGCUGGUGAAAUUCGUCUCUGGAGCUUCUACUGAAUCCAUGUGCUCUUUCUUUUUCUAAAUUAUUUUCUGGAGUUUUCUUGACUAACAUUUAACAAACAGUUUAUUCUAUUUUUGGAGAAAUACAUUUUUUAUUUUUUUUAUAUUAUUAAAUUUACUUAUUUUUGUCUAUGUAAUUAAAGGGUGUUGGUCUCUUGGAGAGUUUCCCAUGUGAGCUCCUCCCCGACAUUCAAAUUUAAUUUUCUUCAUUUCUUUCUAGUAGAA